CCCGAGGCGGGGCUUCUAGGAGAGGAAAAUGGCAGCACGCCGGCUGUGGUUUGACGUGGGCUGGCUGUUUGCGAUGGGGGCAGAGCUGGGGAGCGGAAGACGAGCUUACUGCACGUCCCAGGCCUUCACGGAGGUUCUACGGCUGCCAAGCAAGCAGCUGACGAAGCUCGUGUUCCCACUGCAAGAACUCGAGCGGCAUUUCGUCCCGGGCUCGAGGCCCGACCUUCACCUGAAAAUCUUCAACCCAAGCCUGGAUGACAUCGCGAGGGCGGAGAGCGUCUUCACGGCUUCCUCGCGGAACCGCAUCGAGUACCUCAGCUCCGCCGUGCGUCUCGACCACGCCCCGGACCUCCGCCGCCCGGAGGUGUGUUUUAUAGGCAGAAGCAAUGUUGGAAAAUCGUCUCUAAUAAAGGCUUUAUUUUCACUUGCCCCAGAGGUUGAAGUUAGAGUCUCCAAAAAACCGGGCCACACAAAGAAAAUGAAUUUUUUCAAAGUUGGAAAAUAUUUUACAUUGGUGGACAUGCCAGGUUAUGGCUAUAGAGCACCUGAAGAUUUUGUUGACAUGGUAGAAACCUAUCUAAAAGAACGAAAGAAUUUGAUGAGAACAUUUUUGUUAGUGGAUAGUGUUGUUGGAAUUCAGAAAACAGACAACAUUGCCAUAGAAAUGUGUGAAGAAUUUGCAUUACCUUAUGUGAUGGUAUUGACAAAAAUUGACAAAUCUUCCAAGGGACAUCUUUUAAAACAAGUCCUUCAGAUCCAGAAAUUUGUUGACACUAAAACACAAGGAUGUUUUCCUCAGUUGUUUCCUGUAAGUGCUGUGACCUAUUCUGGAAUCCAUCUCUUGAGAUGCUUUAUAGCAAAUAUAACAGGAAAUCUGGAGACUAAUGGCUUCCAGUUUAGCUGAAGAUUCAAAAUUGUCUAUGCCAACUGAAGUUAAAGACUUAGAAUUUCAACAUUGUUUUAAAUGUUGUGUAUCUGUAACUUGCAGGAUCACUUCAGCUUUAAAACCUGCAUAUUCCCAAAGCAAGAAUGAAUUUGUGCCUGCAGCGGGGGAAAGGUUUAUACAUGAUUGAAUUAUGCUGUUCAUUAGAAGAGAUACCAGCCAUUUUUCCUGUUUUAACAAACUGACAAACAAGAGCAUAUAGAGGUCCAUAAAAUGCAAGUCUAUUGCCUACUGUGUAGACAAGGUUUGCCAUAUUAUUUAUUGGGUUUUUGUCUUUUAAAGGAAUGUCUAUUAUGUAUAUUUUAUUAAAAUAUUACAAUGGACUAGGUAAAAAAGGGGCUACUUUUCUGCUAAGCACUAAUAGAUAGGUUGAAGACAAAUUCUUAUAUGUAUGGCUAUAACUUAUCUUUUUUUAGAGACCUUAUUUGAAUAUAAAAAAAAUUAUUCUUCAUAAAAUUUGAGUCAGUCCAUACUGGAAGUACCAGUUAUUUCAGGCUGGGGUCAGUCACCUUCACAGGGUUCAGAAUCAGAAGACCAGAAUUCAAGUUCCAGUUCUAAUAUUUAUUACAUGUUGGACAUUGGGCAAAUUACUUGAGUUCUCUGAACUUCUUUUGUAACUCUUACCUCAAAAGCUAUGAAGAUUAAAAUGUGAAAAGGACAUCUGCAUAUUCUAAGUAUUUGUAAAGCAAAACUAACUCAAGUAUAUAGCAAAAUUCACAGGUAGAUUUAUCACAGAAAACAUCCUGUCAUAGAGGAAGUAACAUUUUAUCUAAUGAAAGACCAAAAAGAAGUUUUAGGUGAGAAGGUGAUUUGCAAAGGACAAGAGAAAAAAGUUGAUUGGACAGUUUAUAAUUGGUUCAUUAAGAUGCACAAUGGAGGAAGGGAGGAAGAUGGCGGAAGAGUAAGACGCGGAGAUCACCUUCCUCCCCACAGAUACAUCAGAAAUACGUCUACACGUGGAACUGCUCCUAUAGAACACCCACUGAAUGCUGGCAGAAGACCUCAGACCUCCCAAAAGGCAAGAGACUCGCCAUGUACCUGGGUAGGGCAAAAGAAAAAACAGAAACAAAAGAAUAGGGACGGGACCUGCACCAGUGGGAGGGAGCUGUGAAGCAGGAAAGGUUUCCACACACUAGGAAGCCCCUUCAUGGGGGGAGACUGCGGGUGGCGGAGGGGGGAAGCUUCGGAGCCGCAGAGGAGAGCGCAGCAACAGGGGUGUGGAGGGCAAAGCGCAGAGAUUCCCGCACAGAGGAUUGGUGCCGACCGGCACUCACCAGCCCAAGAGGCUUGUCUGCUCACCCACUGGGGCAGGCGGGGGCUGGGAGCUGGGGCUUCGGCUGCAGCCACCAAAAAGCCUGUGUGCAAGCACAGGUCACUAUCCACACCUCCCCUCCUGGGAGCCUGUGCAGCCCGCCACUGCCAGAGUCCCGUGAUCCAGGGACAGCUUCCCUGGGAGAACACACGGGGCGCAUCAGGCUGGUGCAACGUCACGCCGGCCUCUGCCACCACACGCUCACCCCGCAUCCAUACCCCUUCCUCCCCCCUGUCCUGAGUGAGCUGGAGCCGCCAAUUCAGCUGCUCCUUUAACCCCAUCCUGUCUGAGCGAAGAACAGACGCCCUCAGGUGACCUACAUGCAGAGGUGGGUCCAAAUCCAAAGCUGAGCCCCGGGAGCUGUGCGAACAAAGAAGAGAAAGGGAAAUUUCUCCCAGCAGCCUUAGAAGCAGUGGAUUAAAGCUCCACAAUCAACUUGAUGUACCCUGCAUCUGUGGAAUGCCUGAACAGACAACGAAUCAUCCCAAAUUGAGGAGGUGGACUUUGGGAGCAAGAUAUAUUAUUUUUUCCCCUUUUCUUCUUUUUGUGAGUGUGUAUGUGUAUGCUUCUGUGUGAGACUUAGUCUGUAUAGCUUUGCUUUCACCAUUUGUCCUAGGGUCCUGUCUGUCUGUAGUUUUUUGUUUCUUACUUUAAAAAUUUUUUUUAUUAAUAAUUAUUUUUUAUUUUAUUUUUUCUUACUUUCUUUUAUUUUAUCCCCUCCCUCCCUCCCUCCCUCCCUCCCUUCCUUUCUUUUUUCUCCCUUUUAUUCUGAGCUGUGUGGAUGAAAGGCUCUUGGUGCUCCAGCCAGGCAUCAGGGUGGGACAGCCAACUUCAGGAUACUGGUCCACAAGAGACCUCUCAGCUUCACGUAAUACCAAAUGGUGAAAAUCUCCCAGAGAUCUCCAUCUCAACACCAACAACCAGCUUCACUCAACGACCAGCAAGCUACAGUGCUGGGCACCCUAUGCCAAACAACUAGCAAAAUAGGAACACAGUCCCAUCCAUUAGCAGAGAGGCUGCCUAAAAUCACAAUAAAGCCACAGACGCCCAAAAACACACCACCAGACGUGGACCUGCCCACCAGAAAGACAAGAUCCAGCCUCAUCCACCAGAACACAGGCACUAGUCCCCUCCACCAGGAAGCCUACACAACCCACUGAACCAACCAUAGCCACUGGUGACAGACACCAAAAACAACGGGAACUACGAACCUACAGCCAGUGAAAAGGAGACCCCAAACACAGUAAGAUAAGCAAAAUGAUAAGACAGAAAAAAACACAGCAGAUGAAGGAGCAAGGUAAAAACACACCAGACCUAACAAAUGAAGAGGAAAUAGGCAGUCUACCUGAAAAAGAAUUCACAAUAAUGAUAGUAAAGAUGAUCCAAAAUCUUGGAAAUAGAAUAGAGAAAACACAAGAAACAUUUAACAAGAACCUAGAAUAACUAAAGAGGAAACAAGCAAGGAUGAACAACACAAUAAGUGAAAUUAAAAAUACUCUAGAAGGGAUCAAUAGCAGAAUAACUGAGGCAGAAGAACGGAUAAGUGACCUGGAAGAUAAAAUAGUGGAAAUAACUACUGCAGAGCAGAAUAAAGAAAAAAGAAUGAAAACAACUGCGGACAGUCUCAGAGACCUCUGGGCCAAUAUUAAAUGCACCAACAUUUGAAUUAUGCGGGUCCCAGAAAAAGAAGAGAAAAAGAAAGGGACUGAGAAAACAUUAGAACAGACUAUAGUUGAAAACUUCUCUAAUAUGGGAAAGGAAAUAGCUAAUCAAGUCCUGGAAGCACAGAGAGUCCCAUACAGGAUAAAUCCAAGGAUAAAGAUGCCAAGACACAUAUUAAUCAAACUAUCAAAAAUUAAAUAUUUAUGAAAACAUUAAAAUCAGCAAGGGAAAAACAACAAAUAACACACAAGGGAAUCCCCAUAAGGUUAACAGCUGAUCUUUCAGCAGAAACUCUGCAAGCCAGAAGGCAGUGGCAGGACAUAUUUAAAGUGAUGAAGGAGAAGAACCUACAACCAAGAUUACCCAGCAAGGAUCUCAUUCAGAUUUGAUGGAGAAAUUAAAACCUUUACAGACAAGCAAAAGCUGAGAGAGUUCAGCACCACCAAACCAGCUUUACAACAAAUGCUAAAGGAACUUCUCUAGGCAGGAAACACAAGAGAAGGAAAAGACCUACAAUGACAAACCCAAAACAUUUAAGAAAAUGGGAAUAGGAACAUACAUAUCGAUAAUUACCUUAAAUGUAAAUGGACUAAAUGCUCCCACCAAAAGACACAGACUGGCUGAAUGGAUACAAAAACAAGACCCAUAUAUAUGCUGUCUAUAAGAGACCCACUUCAGACCUAGGGACACAUACAGACUGAAAGUAAGGGGAUGGACAAAGAUAUUCCAUGCAAAUGGAAACUGAAAGAAAGCUGGAGUAGCAAUUCUCAUAUCAGACAAAAUAGACUUUAAAAUAAAGACUAUUAGAAGAGAUAAAGAAGGACACUACAUAAUGAUCAAGGGAUCGAUCCAACAAGAAGAUAUAACAAUUGUAAAUAUUUAUGCACCCAACAUAGGAGCACCACAAUACAUAAGGAAAAUACUAACAGCCAUAAAAGGGGAAAUCGACAGUAACACAGUCAUAGUAGGGGACUUUAACACCCCACUUUCACCAAUGGACAGAUCAUCCAAAAUGUAAAUAAAUAAGGAAACACAAGCUUUAAAUGAUACAUUAAACAAGAUGGGGGACUUCCCUGGUGGCGCAGUGCUUGGGAGUCCGCCUGCUGAUGCAGGGGACAUGGGUUCAUGCCCCGGUCCAGGAGGAUCCCCCAUGCCGCGGAGCGGCUGGGCCUGUGAGCCAUGGCCGCUGAGCCUGUGCGUCCAGAGCCUGUGCUCUGCAACGGGAGAGGCCACCACAGUGAGAGGCCCGCGUACAGCAAAAAAAAAAACCCCAAAAAACAAAAACAAAAACAAACCAAGAUGGACUUAAUUGAUAUUUAUAGGACAUUCCACCCAAAAACAACAAUACACAUUUUUCUCAAGUGCUCAUGGAACAUUCUCCAGGAUAGAUCAUAUCUUAGGGCACAAAUCAAGCCUUGGUAAAUUUAAGAAAAUUGAAAUCGUAUAAAGUAUCUUUUCCAACCACAACGCUAUGAGACUAGAUAUCAAUUACAGGAAAAGAUCUGUAAAAAUACAAACACAUGGAGGCUAAACAAUACACUACUUAAUAACCAAGUGAUCACUGAAGAAAUCAAAGGGGAAAUAAAAAAAUACCUAGAAACAAAUGACAAUGGAGACAUGACAACCCAAAACCUAUGAGAUGCAGCAAAAGCAGUGCUAAGAGGGAAGUUUACAGCAAUAGAAUCCUAUCUUAAGAAACAGGAAACAUCUCAAAUAAACAACCUAACCUUGCACCUAAAGCAAUUAGAGAAAGAAGAACAAAAAAACCCCGAAGUUAGUAGAAGGAAAGAAAUCAUAAAGAUCAGACCAGAAAUAAAUGAAAAAGAAAUGAAGGAAACGAUAGCAAAGAUCAUAAAACUAAAAGCUGGUUCUUUGAGAAGAUAAAAUGGAUAAACCAUUAGCCAGACUCAUCAAGAAAAAAAGGGAGAAGACUCAAAUCAAUAGAAUUAGAAAUGAAAAAGACACUGCAGAAAUACAAAGGAUCUGACACUGCAGAAAUACAAAGGAUCAUGAGCGAUUACUACAAGCAACUCUAUGCCAAUAAAAUGGAUCAUGAGAGAUUACUACAUGAGAGAUUACUACAAGCAACUCUAUGCCAAUAAAAUGGACAACCUGGAAGAAAUGGACAAAUUCUUAGAAAUGCACAACCUGCCGAGACUGAACCAGGAAGAAAUAGAAAAUAUGAACAGACCAAUCAGGCACUGAAUUGAAACUGUGAUUAAAAAUCUUGCAACAAACAAAAGCCCAGGACCAGAUAGCUUCACAGGCGAAUUCUAUCAAACAUUUAGAGAAGAGCUAACACCUAUCCUUCUCAAACUCUUCUAAAAUAUAGCAGAGGGAGGAACACUCCCAAACUCAUUCUAUGAGGCCACCAUCACCCUGAUACCGAAACCAGACAAAGAUGUCACAAAGAAAGAAAACUACAGGCCAAUAUCCCUGAUGAACAUAGAUGCAAAAAUCCUCAACAAAAUACUAGCAAACAUAAUCCAACAGCACAUUAAAAGGAUCAUACACCAUGAUCAAGUGGGGUUUGUUCCAGGAGUGCAAGGAUUCUUCAAUAUACGCAAAUCAGUCAACAUGAUACACCAUAUUAACAAAUUGAAGGAGAAAAACCAUAUGAUCAUCUCAAUAGAUGCUGAGAAAGCUUUCAGCAAAAUUCAACACCCAUUUAUGAUUAAAACCCUGCAGAAAGUAGGCAUAGAGGGAACUUUCCUCAACAUAAUAAAGGCCAUAUAUGACAAACCCACAGCCAACAUCGUCCUCAAUGGUGAAAAACAAACCAUUUCCACUAAGAUCAGGAACAAGACAAGGUUGUCCACUCUCACCACUCUUAUUCAACAUAGUUUUGGAAGUUUUAGCGACAGCAAUCAGAGAAAAAAAAGAAAUGAAUCCAAAUCAGAAAAGCAGAAGUAAAGCUGUCACUGUUUGCAGAUGACAUGAUACUAUACCUAGAGAAUCGUAAAGAUGCUACCAGAAAGCUACUAGAGCUAAUCAAUGAAUUUGGUAAAGUAGUAGGAUACAAAAUUAAUGCACAGAAAUCUCUUGCAUUCCCAUACACUAAUGAUGAGAAAUCUGAAAGUGAAGUUAAGAAAAUGCUCUCCUUUACCAUUGCAACAAAAAGAAUAAAAUUUCUAGGAAUAAACCUACCUAAGGAACAAAAGACCUGUAUGCAGAAAAUUAUAAGACACUGAUGAAAGAAAUUAAAGAUUAUACAAACAGGUGGAGAGAUAUACCAUGUUCUUGGAUUGGAAGAAUCACAUUGUGAAAAUGACUCUACUACCCAAAGCAAUCUACAGAUUCAAUGCAAUCCCUAUCAAACUACCACUGGCAUUUUUCUCAGAACGAGAACAAAAAAUUUCACAAUUUGUAUGGAAACACAAAAGACCCCGAAUAGCCAAAGCAAUCUUGAGAACAAAAAACGGAGCUGGAGGAAUCAGGCUCCCUGACUUCAGACUAUACUACAAAGCUACAGUAAUCAAGAUAGUUUAGUACUGGCAGAAAAACAGAAAUAUAGAUCAAUGGAACAGGAUAGAAAGCCGAGAGAUAAACCCACGCACAUAUGGUCACCUUAUCUUUGAUAAAGGAGGCAAGAAUAUACAGUGGAGAAAGGACAGCCUCUUCAGUAAGUGGUGCUGGGAAAACUGGACAGGUACAUGUAAAAGUAUGAAAUUAGAACACUCCCUGACACCAUACACAGAAAUAAACUCAAAAUGGAUUAUACACCUAAAUGUAAGGGCAGACAGUAUCAAACUCUUAAGGAAAACAUAGGCAGAACACUAUGACAUAAUUCACAGCAAGAUCCUUUUUGACCCACCUCCUAGAGAAAUGGAAAUAAAAAUAAACAAUGGGACCUAAUGAAACUUCAAAGCUUUUGCACAGCAAGGGAAACCAUAAACAAGACGAAAAGACAACCCUCAGAAUGGGAGAAGAUAUUUGCAAAUGAAGCAACUGACAAAGGAUUAAUCUCCAAAAUUUACAAGCAGCUCAUGCUGCUCAACAACAACAACAAAAAACCCAAACCAAAAAUGGGCAGAAGACCUAAAUAGACAUUUCUCCAAAGAAGAUAUACAGAUUGCCAAGAAACACAUGAAAGAAUGCUCAACAUCAUUAAUCAUUAGAGAAAUGCAAAUCAAAACUACAAUGAGAUAUCAUCUCACACCCAUCAGAAUGGCCAUCAUCAAAAAAUCUAGAAACAAUAAAUGCUGGAGAGAGUGUGGAGAAAAUGGAACACUCUUGCACUGUUGGUGGGAAUGUAAAUUUGAUACAGCCACUGUGGAGAACAGUAUGGAGGUUCCUUAAAAAACUAAAAUUAGAACUACCAUACAACCCAGCAAUCCCACUACUGGGCAUAUGCCCUGAAAAAACCAUAAUUCAAAAAGAGUCAUGUACCAAAAUGUUCAUUGCAGCUCUAUUUACAAUAGCCAGGACAUGGAAGCAACCUAAGUCUCCAUCAUCGGAUGAAUGGAUAAAGAAGAUGUGGCACAUAUAUACAAUGGAAUAUUACUCAGCCAUAAAAAGAAACAAAAUUGAGUUAUUUGUAGUGAGGUGGAUGGACCUAGAGUCUGUCACACAGAGUGAAGUAAGAAAGAGAAAGACAAAUACCGUACGCUAACACAUAUAUAUGGAAUCUAAAAAAAAAAAAAAAAAAGGUCAUGAAGAACCUAGGCGCAAGACGGGAAUAAAGACACAGACCUACAAGAGAAUGGACUUGAGGAUACGGGGAGGGGGAAGGGUAAUCUGGCACAGAGUGGGAGAGUUGCAUGGACAUAUAUACACUACCAAACAUAAAAUAGAUAGCUAGUGGGAAGCAGCCGCAUAGCACAGGGAGAUCAGCUCGGUGCUUUCUGACCACCUA